AUUAGUCUCAGGGAUUGAACCUGGCAACCCUAUGGAGAUACCAUGCUACAGCAUCUGGUUUUCUCAGAGGAAAGGACAUUUUUUAUGAUGCCAUUGUAAAAGUCUAAAAGUUCCUCCUAAAGGGAACUUAAUCCCUGAACUGAGGGGGUGGGGACUUCCCUGGAGUUCCCCCAGCCUUUCUAGGAACCAUGAGUAGCAACAGCAGAAAGGGGGCAAGAGCAGAUGUUCACAUGUUUAUUUCCUGAUAAGGUUCCUCAAUUUGUUGGGCAUAUUAUAAACUCACCAAGAUGAGAAAUUUGAACACAAGAGUAUGAUGGCUUCAUUCGGUGCUCAUAAGCAAGAGGAAGACCUAGUCUAUCCGGCAGAGACUGGAACAGCAAGCAAGGGGGUCUGGUUGCCUCUGGGCAGAUCCUUCCCCCAACGGAAAUGGAGAUCCCCUUUCCUGGUUUACUUGCUGCUGGCAUUUGCUUACCUGCUGAUCAUCAUAUUGUUUGGACUUCUGCUCUACAAUGGAUCAAGGCUUUCUUCAGAAGUGAGCAAGUUGCUUAAACAGGUUAAAAUGAAGGAGUCAUUCCCAUGUGGAUCCAGAAGCAGGGAAUGGGAAUACUUUGAUGGUGAAUGUUAUCACUUCUCUGUCCAGAGGGCGACUUGGCACACAGCUAAGUCUCAUUGUGAGGAACGUAAUUCAAGCCUGGUGGUUGUUAAUGAUGAGGCUGAGCAGAAUUUCCUUGAGUCUCAAGCCAGGACUGAAAACUUUUGGAUUGGACUCACUGAUGCUGACAACGAAGGGGAAUGGAGAUGGAUUGAUGGCACCAAUUACAGAAAUGGCUACAAGAAAUGGAAAAAGGGUGAACCCAAUAACCACGACCACAAAGAAGACUGUGCCCAUCUCUCUGGAGAAUGGAAUGAUCUCGCAUGUAAUGCUUCAAUGUUCUAUGUGUGUGAGAAGCCUUUGCCUUCCUAAAGACAAGACACCAACUAGUGGGAACAGGAUUGCAAGGACAGACCCUUUCCCCAGAGGUCUUCUAGUUUAAACCCCCUGCUUUAGAGUGACAACCCUGCUGGCUGCGAAAAAGUAGCGGUUACUCUUUUAUUUUCAUAACAAACCCAAUCCGUAAUCCAAGUGAGCAGUAAAUUUAAGUGAAUUCAGACUGAAUAAAAUGUUUGUGUCUAUUUAAUUGGCUUUAAAUAUGUGUUUUUAAAUUUGUAUAUUUGUUUUUAUGUUUUAAUUGUUGUAAACCAUCCAGAGAGCUUCAGCUAUGGGGCGGUAUACAAAUGCAAUAAAUAAAUAAACUUGAAGGA